CCGCCGGAAAUAAACAAUGCUUAAUCUAACCAGCACCGCAAUUCUCCGCCCGUGGCACAAACUCCUCAACCUCCCGCGCCAAUCGCCACCGUCAUGGUACCACGACAGACUCCGUGAAGAGCUCAUCGAGCGGGAAGAAGCAGGUACGCCGCUAGAGAAGCUGAGCGAGACAGCGGAUGUAUUCUUCGCCAUUAGCCGCGCUACGUACGACGGCUAUCCGGUGCGCGAGAUGCCUCGUUUCAGAUAUAGCCAUGUUCCUGUGUACGCGUACAUGCUGGCUAAGUACACGUCCCGCUGGGCGUUUUACCGUGCCUUUGCUUUCCUGUGCGACGCCCCGGAUUGCCGCGCUGUUCGCGAGGUUGUGAAUCCGACUAAAGAUCAUAAGCUUGAUCAAGUUAGCGAGCGUGAUAACAUCAAUUCGGAUAAGUUUAGACGCCUUGGUCGUUGGUUGCGUCGCGUCUGGCCGUUAUUCCCGUAGCUGCGGGGAGGAAGGUAUGUUGCAGAUUGUUGAUGAAUGAUGAGAUGCAAGCGGCUAACGACAUUCCCAGGUCACCCCGGCUAACCCCAGAAGCAUGGGACGGAAUACUUGCAUUGCAGGUAAACAGGGUCAUGAGUUAUACGAGAUCGCGAAGCCGGGAAAUAUCGGAUGGUGAGACGUUGAAGGCUGAGACAUGAGGAAAAGAAAACAUCCUUGCGUAAAUUUUCCAAUAUGAGUCAAGUUGAUACUUGAUGCACGAAGCCGCCUACCUAGGUACAUCAGCAUCGCCAAUGCGGCGUUUACUUAAUAUCUAGGUUGUAUAAGGUCUGCUUCUCUGGUUAUAUACCUAAAUAAGGUAUAAGCACCAUCUAAGCCUUGCUUAACCUGUUUGGUUUAUAUUGGACAAAGCUGAGCAUGAUACGUGGACAGACUAAGAUGAAUAUCUAUGCCGAAGUAGGUGUAUGAGUUGUAAUAUUGAAAAGGUACCAGAGCAUUGAUUGGUCCGGUCCUAGGAAAUAACCAGUACUAGGGUCCUCUGG